AUGGCUGAACAAUACUGCAAUCGAACGUUGGAAGGUUUUCUACAACUUGCCCGUUACAGAGAAACUUUCUUCUAUUCUCUCUGUGUUUCAAACUUCGCGUUUUCUCUCGUAACAAGUCUUGGAAAUAUUUUAGUAAUUCGCGCCUUACUGAAAUCUUCAUCAAUGACAGCCAACGUCAAGAAGCUGUUCCUUAGUCUGGCUUUCUCUGAUCUUGGGGUGGGAUUGGUGUCGCAGCUAAUGGCCGGCAUUAUUUAUGCCGCGAUACUGAAGACAGCAUCAAAAGGAGACUACAACUUAACGUCACUCUGUCCAACAGUUUUAAAUUUGAACUGUUAUCUCUUGUUUUUUCUCUGCGCUGCAUCUCUCCUAACUCUCUCCACCAUUGCAUUCGACAGACUUCUCGCCGUUUCGCUCCAUCUGCGAUAUCAAGAACUUGUCACGUCCAAACGUGUCAAUAUACUAUUGAUAUCUAUAUGGUUAACAAGUUUUAUCACUGCCUUGAUAUACAUUUUCCUUCCGAAAAGUAAUGAAAUGGUAGCUGCAGUUAUUUUACUGGUAGGGUAUUUUCUGACUACAGUGGCAUAUGUUCGUGUUUACAAAGUCGUCAAAUAUCACCAGAAUCAGAUAUACAGUCAAAAUCAGCUUCAAAAUGCACAAACAAGGGAGGAACUCAGACAAAGGAAGUCCGCUUAUAACGCUUUAUUUGUCUAUUUUGUUUUUCUAGUUUGUUAUCUUCCUUAUUUGCCUUCUACAAUAUUGUACUUGACUAAUACUUCUGAAAUUUCGUUUCUCAUAGCUAAAUAUGCGUCGUUAUUCUUAAUUUGCCUGAAUUCAUCAUUAAAUCCAAUUGUUUAUUGCUGGCGGUACCGAGAGAUUCGCCAAAUUGUAAAAAGCACAAUGAAGAAAAUACUUCGUUUGGACGAGAAUAUGACGUGA